AUGCUUGUCGUUACACUAUGGCACUUAAAACAUUAUCAUUCUGAAUGUUAUAUUGCUUCAGAAUCGAAUUUAAGUCAACCAGCAGUGAAUUAUUUAUUAUCAACAGUUGCCGAUAUUUUACAUUCGUGUGUAUAUCCAGAAUUAGUUUCAAUACCUGCUAACGUAUCAAUCAGUAGAACACCACACGGACUUCAACAAUACCAUAAACUAAUAGUCGACUCGACUUUUAUUGCAAUUCCUGAACCUUAUGAUUCAGAACAACGUAAAGCGUAUUAUCAUGCGAAAAGAUCAACAAAUUAUGCAUUGAAAGUACAAAUAGCUUGUGACUUUCAUCAUCGAAUAGUACACGUAUCCGAAUGUUUUCGUGGGAGUGCACAUGAUAUUACAAUUCUAAGAGAAUCAGAACUAUUAGAACAUCCUCAUGGACGCGAAUUAACAGAUGAAGAUAAUAAUUUCAAUCAUGGCAUUAAUAGCGCAAGAGCAGCUAUUGAAAAUAUUAAUCAACGUCUUAAAGCUUAUGCAAUUCUUGGUGGUGUCUACAGAGGAACUAUUGAUGAUUUUCAUAAGGCAAUAAAAAUCGUACAAGUCGUUCGUGCUCUAUGUAAUUUGAAGUUAAUAAAACAUCCUAUUCGUAGAUACACAAAAUGA